GGCCAGCACAGUGCUGGUGCUGGAGCAGACAAGAGGCGGAGGACUGACCAGCAUGGAGCUUCAGUCACCCCGAAAAAGCUGAAAAAACAGGACAAGCAGUUUGGACAGAGGAAGAGACAAAAGCAGACCAAAAGAGAAAGGAAGAGAAAGGAGAAAGGAACCCCUUUGGAUUUGUUAUUAUAUUGCAACUGAUAUAUCAGCGGAACAGACUGAUUAAGACAAACAAAAGGAUGUCCAGGAGCAGCUCGACAGGAGACCUUGUACCAAGGGACAUUACAGAAAUACUGGCCUUGCAAAGUAAAGUCAGCAAAGGCAGGACUAAACGUGCCACCUCGCUUGGACGAGCCUUCAGCUGGUUUAAAGGAAGUAAUUUAAAGAACAGCGCCAAAAAUGAUCAGAGUCGGUCCGGGAGUCUGGGAUGGACUGGAGAGUUCACCACAACCAGAGAGGAUCAUGGCAAUCAAGACUGCUCCAAAGCUGGGCAAAAGCAAGACCAACAAGGAAAACUGAGCGUACAUUACAUAGCCUCCCAACAUUACCAGGAGAAUGUGUUCAUUGAGGGUAACAGACCAAAGCAUUUGGAAGAUCUGCACAUAGAAGCACAAGAAGGGCUAAAGAUACUACAACAGGAGGUGCAAAACAAUGAACUGGACUUUCAGGAUGAUCAUUCGAUUUCCACAGCUACUACACAACAAGAAAAAGAUGUAAAUUGCCUUGUAGAAGAUGGACACCUGAGUUUUGACAGCAAUGCUGAUCAGUCCAUCACAUCAGCAUGUACUGUAUCUGCACUGUCCACAAGACCUGUGCUAACACGCCAAGGUUCAACAUUUAAGCCUUUGAACAGUGUAAAAAGGCUGGACAAGACCAAAAAAAGAGGCAGACGAACAACUAUUAUGGGAAUCCCGCAACACGUUCAAAAAGAGCUAUGUAUGGGAAAAGAGGCUUUACUGAAACAGCUCCCAGCUGGUGAAGAUGAUGGAACAGUGAUAAUACCCGUAAUUGAUGGUGGUGUGUCCGUUACAAGUCAUAAUGGGGCACGGGUACACCUACAGGAUAUUGAAGCUCUUCAGGUUUUCAGAGAGGAGCAACUUCUUAAACAGCAGAUACAAGCUGUGUAUAGAGAUGACUCACUUCUAACCAGUAAAUCUGGACGACAGCCAUUUCUUAUGCAGAGACCAAAGUCCUUGGCUGUACCAGAGUUAACAACUGUCUCCACUUUCCUACAAGAACCCCAGGGCCCUGUGAUGUCUAUCUCACCACAGGCAACAUAUUUAUCCACAAUUAUUCCCAAUGCAAUCCUUCCUUCUUCAAUAGAUGUGAUAGAAAUUGACAGAAAUUGUCACCGACGCAGUGUUUGUACAGUAAACAAGAAUAGCUUGGCCUCAGCAAGUCCAGGUUCUUCAUGCUCAGAAGGGGGUACUCACGAUGAACCACCUUCCACCACUUUCAAAUGGAGCGGUUCACAAUCAUCUGACACUAUCGUUUCUAACCCAUCUACCAUAUCUUUUAAAGGAUGUGAGCCACCUUCAAAUGAUGUGGACAAAAUGAAGGACGUGACAGAUUUAAAUGAAGAGCGGUUGAGUCUAAAAAGCUCAGCAAGUUGGUCAAGCUCAACCAGCAAAGCCGCCAGGCAGAGACCGGAGCAGGGGGAACUGAGCAAUGCUCAAUUGUGCUCUCGUAACCUGUCAAUAAUAAAGGCUAAACUACCACCAAUACCACCACCAAGGAGAACAUGCUCUUCACACCAUGAAAAUCUCACACAAAGGCCAAGAAAAUCUGCAAAUACAACAGAUAUUAAAUACUUGGGAUUCAACGGUGGACGAAAAGACGAAGGACUCAGUGAAAAAGAAGAGACAUCAAUUUACAAUGAAAAUACUUCUACCUGUUCUCCAGUCUCAGUAUUUUCAGAUGAUGCCCACUCUCUGACCACCAGUCCGUUCAGUCCUGUUCAAAAGUCUGCUUAUGCUCUUAAACCAAAUGACUCAUCCCCAGAAAAUAAAUUUGAAAGAACAAUGUCCCCUUCAAGUGGAUACUCCAGUCAAAGUGGAACACCAACUCACUCGUCAAAAGAUAUCUGUCCAUCCUCGCCAAGAAGGCUAAAGGUCAAACCUCCUAAACCAGAGAGGAUAAGUGUGCGAAUAUCUCCUGUAGUUUCAGUCUCAUCACUGGUUUCCAUAACAUCCACUACAUCAGACCAAGCCAGUCACUUUAUACAAACCACUGCACCACAGCCAUCAAGUGUUUACCUUACUGUAACAACAAAAAAUGUGUUGCCUCCUACAUCUGUAGCCACAACCUUCAGGGAACUGUUUGACAUUCCUCCUCCACCCAAAGUAAAAGCACCUUGUCCACCACCCCCUGAAACCUGGGCUCACAAUAAAUGCACAACUGAACUUUUAUUUGGCCUAAAUCCAAAUGCCCACAGGCCAUAUGAGCUUCAGAAACCAUGUGAAAAAAAGUCAACACAUAAACUUGAUGAAAGACAGGCAGUAGUAGAACACCAAUUAGAAGAGGCAAAAAAUGUUUCCUCAGUAGUUAAAGAACAGGUGACUCUGGAUAAGACUCCAUCAAAUCCAUUAAUCCAAAAAACAGAUGAUUUCCUAUCUCAAGUUCACCACCAACAACAAAAAUUGGACCAAAAAAGCACAGUAACAUCAUUAACAUUCGCUGGGAACAAUAAUCAAAAACCACAAUCACCAACAAAGCAGUUGGAUAGUAAGUUAUGUCAUGAUGGUGGUAAUGGUUUAUCAGAGAGUAACAAUUUUACCCCAAAGGCUGAAGAAACAUACACACAUGACCAAUAUUUAAUCAAUCACUGCACUGACAGAGACCUCCCAAAUCAUAAGCCCACACAAACAGUAACCAUAGAAGGUCCUGAGACUAUUGAACUCUCUCAGUCUUUCUCACCACCUUCUGAACAUCCUCCUCUCUCUUCACAAAAGGAAGAACUACAGUCUGGGAUUACAAAGGAACUCUCCAUUCUAGAGUCUUCCUGGCCUCCACCACCUCCACCUAUGGACGAAUCAUCUGACUUGGUAUUUGAGGGGCAUGAUGAGAUAGACUUCCCUCUUCCUCCACCACCAGUCAUGCAUGAAUCAUUUUUAGAAAAUCCUGACAACUGCAAUAAAUCAUCAUCUGGACCGAAGGACAAUGCAAUUCCAGAAGAGUGCACUGAUGUAUCAGAUAUGGUCAGUAACUCAGAGCAAAACCAAAAGCCACAAAUUAUUAUAAGCACAACAGUGGAGAACAUUUUUAAAGAAUCGACUCCCAAAAUUUCAGAAGACAAACUACUUGAUCAAUCAGACAUCAAACCACAGUCUGCUGAGGAUGUCUCACAAGCUGUCACUGAUACGGUUUGUUUAAAAACAUCAGUGCUUCCUAAAACAUCUACAUUGCAGAAUUUUCAAACGUCACCUCAGAAGAUUACUCCUGAACCCCAACAUGAUCUUUCAAAUCCACUAACUCGAGCAGCUAAUGAUUUCUCACAACAAACAAUGACUGAGUCUGCUGCAACCUCCUCAGAUGUGUCACCAUCAUCUGUUCUUUCAGCAGAAGAUGAGUCCACUGUUAAUUUUAGGAGGCAACCAAAUUCAGCAAGUAAAGACAACAAAAGCAAAGAACCAUUGUCCAACUAUAAAUCUGCACCAAAUUCAAAAGAGGAUGCGAACAUUCCCCUGGUCACGCCCUCUCUACUUCAGAUGGUACGUCUACGUUCAUUAAAUGUUGAAGACCAAGUUGCACUCACACAGGAUAGCAAAGCUGGCACUGAACCCAGUCCAGACCCAGAUCAGUGUGUAUCAAACAUGGUAACACCACAGAAACCUAUUCGGAAAUCAGUGCAGUUAUCUAUAAAGUCAUCAUCUACUAUCCCUGCUCCCUCCAUGUGCCUUCAAGAGGCAAUACGUAUGAAGACGGCUGCCAUGUCCUCCAGUGGACUUUCAGCGAGGCCCAAUCUAUGCUUAUCAACCCCCACCACAAAUAGCAAUCAUGACCCUGUAACGUCCCAUAAAACACCUGACGAUGGUGACCUACAUAAGUCUCCUGCCUCAACAGCCAGCUUCAUUUUCUCCAAGAGCACAAAGAAAGUUGUCAUAGAGACCCCCGCAUCUCCAGAGGCCCAGGCAGGUCUCAAGCAGAGUCUUGCCACAGAGCUCAUGCAGAUUUCAGAUCAGACUAAGUCAGUGGUUAUGAAUGGCACAAAAAAGCCUGUCAAGAUCCCUCCACCUAUUGCUAAGAAACCAGUUUGUGUACCGAUUCUGUCAGAUAAGGUUGGAACUGUCACAGCACUUAAAAUGGAAAACUCCUCAAGCAAGCAGGAAAACGGAGUAGCAAAUCAGCAAAGGACAUUACAACCUGCUGGUCAGCAAGCACAAUCCACUGGAAACCAAAUGCUAGCAAGAAGAACAGAAACUCCAAGAACGUUUGAAGUGUCCUAAGCAAUGUUUUAAAUGAACUGUUUGAAGGAUAAAAUCAGACAAGAAAACAAUAAAAGGGUUAAAGGAAGCAAGGUCAAGCAACCAUGGACAAUGUAGCCAUUGUAUUGUAAAUGCCUUAGCCUGAAUACGGCCUUCAUAUUUAUGCAACAACAAAUCAGUUAUGAUUCCUUUGAUACUAUAGCUUUAAAAUAUUUUUAUACACAGUAUAGUUUUUGGUUCACUUCACAGAUUAUAAUUAUUAAAACAGCCAGUUAACUUUGUUAGUUAGUUGGCUGCUGUGAUUAGUUAGACGUGUCUGUUACACUUGCACCACCUAGUGGUUAUAAUGGGUAGUAAUCUGUUGAUGCAUGCUCAAUAAUCCAG